AAAAUGGGAAUGCUACUUCCUUUGAAUGCGAGUGGGGGCGAGGAUUCCAUUAUAAGAUGGGAGGAACUCCCUCCCGACUCUCCCCGAUUCUCCCCACUCUCUCUCUCUCUCUCCACACUUUCUCCCAUUCCUUUCUCCUCUCUUUUCAGCUUCUCUGUGCGGAGACGAGCUUCUGGGAUAUCUGGUUGGAAGCGGUGCGUUUCGGGCGCAGUGAUUAGGGCUUUUCUUUUCUGUUUUGGGCUCUAUUUGCGCUGCAGAAAUUGUUCAAUUUGAGCGAUUCAGCAACUGAUUUGUAGGGUUUUGGGACUCGGGAAGUGUUGGGACUUUGUUCAAACAACGUUCUCCCGGCGGUGGUUUCUUCAGUUCAGUGGCGUUUGGGUGCUGCAACUCUGUCUGCUGAUUUUGAGGUGUUAAAUUAAGGCUCAUCGGUCGAUGACUUUUGCUAGUUUCUUGCUUGUGCAAAGACAAAUCACAUCUAAUGACAUUUUAUCCAAUUCGUAAAAGAUAAUAUUAUUUCUUUUAAAUGGCAAGACGAAGAGCUAAGAAAAAUGUUAAACAGCCUACUUCAUCACCCGGUAGGAAUGUAAAUGAUGCUGAAGCAAAGGAGCCCCAAGUUGUGAAUGAAGAAGAGGCAAUCAAAUGCCAAGAAAUUAGGAAGAAAGAGGAAGAGUUCAGGCAGGAAGACGAACGUCAAAGCACUGCAAUUAUGGCUAUUCGUAAUGUGGAAAUUGAACAUUUGCUGACUGGUUUGCGGUUGCUUCGCUCAUAUUUUAACAAGGAACAGCUGCAGAUUCCUGUCCUGCAAUUUUUCAGGGAAAAUCUUCCUAAUCUGUCAAUUGUAAGAGAUGGAAAAUAUGGACAAUUUGAAGUGCAAUGGAAGGAUAAAGAUGGUAAAAUAUCCACAAGCCAUGCUGAUGGAAGAAAUAUACAUGCUUCUCUUUUACAUCGGCUGUCCACAGCUUAUCCCGAAUGCUCUGCUGCAAUCCCAUCUUUUGGCGUUGAAUUUUCUAGCAAAGCAGUGGAAACAAGUCUUCUAGGUGCUGACAGUUUGCAGAUGAGGGACUUCUUUUUGGAGGAGCCAUCUGACACAAAGAUGCUUGGGCUGCAGGACGCUCUCCAAACUCCUGGGGUUACUAGUGGUAGAUUAUCUGUUGGGAUGACACCAAAAACUUUAAGACUGCCUAAGCCUGGUGAGAUGCUCCUAUCCAUCCGUGGAUCGCCCCUUGGUGUGUACAAGGAAGAUAAUAUGGAAGCAAUAAAUGAGUCAGAAGAGGGGUGAUUGGGAUUCAAGUCAGUUGGUCAACCAUGGUUGAGAAGCUGCAACGAUAUGCUCAUAUGCUCGUGCAGGGCUGGUUUAAAUGUCUUUGCCGUUGUACCUUCAUUGGCUCUAAUACAAGAACCUUGGAGCUUGAUGUCUUAUUUGUAUGCCUUGAACAUUUUGGUAAUUAGAGAAGAUAUAAAUGAAUUUUCUCA